CGCACAUCGAAACCGAGAUAGCGGAACCUCUCGUCCGUUUCUUGGAGAACCACGUUAGAAUGAGGACUGUAGAACUGUGGCAGGAGAGGAGAGAGAGGCCGAGGAGAGAGAGAGACAGGAACAAGAACAGAUGGUCACCAUGGCAGCCGCUCUCAGGAUAGACAACUCGUCGCCGGGGGCGUGGUCACCUCCCAUGCAGAGAAGCCACGCCCACUCGGCACCAGUCGACCAAUCAGAUCGUGGGAGUGGUGGGAGCAACUCGACUGGCUACAGAACAAGACAGAAUGUACCAGCUGCAGAACCACAAGGACCUUUACCUUACCGCGUCCAACAAAAGCUCAACGGAAGUGGAGGCUUUCUUCAAGAAACUCUCGUAUAGAACUGCUUAGCAGUGAUCAUUAAUAAUACUGCCCUAAUAACAGGGGCUCCUCCUCGUUUUAUUCAGUGGUUUGUACAUAAUAUUGUCAUUUUUUGAGUGUGUCACUUGCACAAUUUUCAAUCGUUCAAAAGAAUUUUCAAUGUUGUAUUCGUCUUCUCUGUGUGAAGGUUUAU